GAAAAUACGAUUCUAAUCAUGAUGUUAAGAUAAUCAACAAACAUAUACAAGGAUUUUGCAUAUUAACAAAACAAGAAAGAAUUAGAAGAUAUAUAAAAGAAAAUGAAAAAUAUAAAACUAAAAAAGAUUAUAAUAAUGGAACAAUUCAAGAAGCUCUUGACUAUGUAGAAAAAGAUUUUAAUAGAUGCUUUCUACAUCAUAAUAGUAAAACUACAUCUUGUAAAUGUAAUCUAUUUGAUCGUUAUGAUUACUCAGCUUGCAACUAUUGUAAUGAGAAUUGUUGGCAAUAUCGAUUACCUGCUCGAUGUAAUGAUAUAGAAAAUUCUUGUUCUUAUGAAUUUGGUGAAAUUGCAAAAACAAAAAAUAUUAAAGGAAAAAAUCAACAUACAAAAAAAUAG